AGUCAGAGACACGUUGAACACUUCCUGCAAACAGACAUGUCUGCCCCCAGAGCGUAGAGAGAGAUAUCUUCUUGAUUUUACAGAACUGGAUUCAACUCGAACAAAAUGGUUGUUACAGAUUCCUCCGACUCAGGCACUAUCCUUCGUGUCAGAGGGCCGCUGGAGUUUAAAUGUCUGCUGGACAGCACAGAUGCACUGCUCAUGCAGAAAGUCAUCUCGAGAACAUUUGCGACGCUUCACUCUCAGGUGAAAUCUGAAUCCUGUGUCCUGACAGUCUGUGACAGUUCUCUUAUUAUUUGGCCGAACAAAGGGGUAUAUGUCACACCUGAAGAAUUAACUCCGAACACACUAUGUGAAGAUAUACAUCAAUGGAUUCAGACUGAUGAACAAGAGAGCGCUGGGAAGAGAUCCUCUAAAAAGAAAAACAAAAAAAGUUCAGCAGCGAGUGUCAUUAACCUUCGCCUGAUGAUGGAGGCGACAAAGACAGGCCCUCUUUCAGCACCAAUCCUCAGGAGAACACUGCAGAAAUCCCACUUCCUGUCUACAACUCUUCCCAUGGACUGUGUGGUCCGUACCACCUGCAGCGACACAAUCAAAGAUGCCUUUGAGCGCCUGUUGGAGGUGCUGACUCAUCAGCUGUGUGAGAUGGAGAAAGUGACCCUGCAACACAUGAAGGGGGCCACACUGCUGGUACCUGAGCCGCUCCACUUCCUCCUUCCAGAACCCAAAGGACUGGUGACCGUGGUUUACCCUGCAGGAGUGCCUGACAGCCAACUAGAGACACAUCGUAAGGAACUGCAUCAGCAGUUUGAGCUACCAGAUGACUGGCCUUAUUUUAGGAGAGCGAAUGCCUUCCACUUUUCCAAUGAGCCCUACAAAGAUGGCUACCUCCGAAAUCCUCAUAUGGUCCUCACACAUCCCACGCUGGACAACGGAAAGGUGUACUUGGUGCAGGGGGUCUACAGCUAUCACCACUACAUGCAGGAUCAUAUGGAUGACAACGGCUGGGGCUGCGCUUAUCGCUCGCUGCAGACUAUCUGCUCCUGGUUCACGCAGCAAGGCUACGUAGAGCGAGCCGUGCCCACCCACAGGGAAAUCCAACAGACUUUAGUGGAUGUUGGAGACAAACAGGGCUCCUUCGUUGGAUCACGGCAGUGGAUCGGCUCCAUUGAGGUUCAGGUUGUUCUGAACCAGCUGCUGGAGGUCACCUCAAAGAUCAUGUUUGUGAGUCAAGGCUCUGAGUUGGCAUCCAAGGGCAGAGAACUGGCCAACCACUUCCUGACUGAAGGGACUCCCAUCAUGAUCGGUGGGGGAGUGUUAGCUCACACUAUUCUAGGUGUGGCAUGGAGUGAGACCACUGGACAGAUCCGCUAUCUUAUCCUCGAUCCCCAUUACACAGGAGCGGAGGACUUACAGGUUAUCACAGACAAGGGCUGGUGUGGCUGGAAAGGACCAGAUUUUUGGGACCAAACUGCUUAUUAUAAUCUGUGUCUGCCUCAGAGGCCAAAGGUCAUCUGAGCUGUCAUAGCCUUUCAUACGGGCAUCAUCUAACAUUGGUAAAGCAUCUGUGAAACUUUAGAGUGACACUAUUGUCUGCUACUUUUACAGAAAUGUUUCCAGCUUUGCAAGUCAUUUCUGUAAUGAUGUUAAAUUGUAAUGUAAUUAACUUUAAUAGCUUUGGUCAUAUCCUACAUAAAGUAUUGUCUUAACACGAAUGGAAGAAUUAAAGAUGGAUGUAAUUUAGUAUUGAAACAACAAAUUGAUUUAUAUAAUGUAAUCUGCUUUCUGUACUUGCCAUUAUAUGAAAAAGGCUAGUAAAAUAUGAAUACCAUAUAGGUUUAUUAAAUCAGGUAUACAAUUCAUAAAAAUCAACAAAGUUGUAUCAUUUCUUACCAGUGCAUAAAACAGUACGCAAAUGACUGAUUUUAUAGAUUAUUUAACUGUACAUAACAUUUUGUCAUCAGUUUUUCUUAAUUCCUUAUUUAUUUGUUUCUAAGUAAUACAAGAGAUGAUCAACUAAUUUAUUCAUCUGUUUUAUUGUUUUUGGCUAUCUUUUAAAGCAUGCCACAUUUUCUUCGAUUCUAGCUUCACAUUUGAUACCUUGAAGAUUCUCUACUUUACUUUUGAAUUACAUAAGAUAAUAGUUAUUUGUCAGCCCUAUUACAGACAACCAAAUAAUGCAUGCCUAAAACAAAUAUCUGUUUUUCUAUGGACACCUAAAUUGAAGGAUUAUUGUUUUGUAUUAAUUAGUGAAAUAAAUGAAAUAUCUUUGCUAGUGAA